AACUGACAUCCAUUUUCUCUCUCUCUCACAGACUGGGAGCAAGCCAUACGGAUUGGCGUCCUGGACUGUGCUCAAGAGAAUAACUUUGACAUCUGCAAGGAGUUUGGCGUUCACUUCUACCCCACCUUCAGAGUAUGUGCCAGCCAAGAUUUGAAUAAUGUAGGCUCCUAAUACGCCACUAUUGUUUUACAGUUCUGCCACUUGUUCUUUUCUCCCUCAGUACUUUAAAGCACGUGGUCCCACAUUUGAUGUUGGAAAAACAUACAAAGGUAAGAUUUUGGUACCUGUAGGUGCAUUUGGGGAUUGUUUUUGGAACAAAAUAAGUAGUUUGGAUUAACUUAAAUGUUCACGAUAUUGUGUCUGACAAGGCUAUGCAGUUUGUAAAUGUUGUUCCAUACUGCCAAAUGUGGACAGACUCAAACUACCGCUGCAUUCUAGAAUAAUAUGUCCCUCUCAAGGCAGUAGUUUUCGUACUCGACAUUCUCCUCAAGUUGUUUCAAUAAAGACCUACUGUUAGGGCUGGCACAAUUACCGUAUAACUGUAAUCGACGGUUAUGGAUGAAGACCGUCAUGGAAACAAAAUAACCAUCAUAACCGUUUAACAAAACAAUAUACACUACAUGACCAAAAGUAUGUGGACGCCUGCUCAUCAAACAUCUCAUUCCAAAAUCAUGGGCAUAAUACGGAGUUUGUCCCCCCCCCCCCCCCUUGCUGCUAUAACAGCCUCCACUACUUCUGGGAAGGCAUUCCGCUGGAUGUUGGAACAUUGCUACAAGUACUUGCUUCCAUUCAGCCACGAGCAUUAGUGAGGUUGGGCGCUGAUGUUGGGCGAUUAGGCCUGGCUCGCAGUCUUCGUUCCAAUUCAUCCCAAAGGUGUCCGAUGAGGUUGAGGUCAGGGCUCUGUGCAGGCCAGUCAAGUUCUUCCACACCGAUCUCGACAAACCAUUUCUGUAUGGACUUUGCUUUGUACACAGGGGCAUUGUCAUGCUGAAACAGGAAAGGGCCUUCCCCAAAGUUAUGCCACAAAGUUGUCAGCACAGAAUCAUCUAGAAUGUCAUUGGAUGCUGAAGCGUUAAGAUUUCCCUUCAUUGGAACUAAGCAGCCUAGCCCGAACCAUAAACUGCCCCAGACCAUUAUAACUCCUCCACCAAACUUUACAGUUGGCACUAUGCAUUCGGGCAGGUAGUGUUCUCCUGGCAUCCGCCAAACCCAGAUUUGUCUGUCGGACUGCUAGUUGGUAAAGCGUGAUUCAUCACUCCAGAGAACGCAUUUCUACUGUUCCAGAGUCCAAUGGAGGUGAGCUUCACACCUCUCCAGCCAACGCUUGACAUUGUGUAUGGUGAUCUUAGGCUUGUGUGCGGAAACCCCUUUUAUGAAGCUCCCGACGAACAGUUAUUGUGCUGACGUUGUUUCCAGAGGCAGUUUUUAACUCUGUAGUGAGUGUUGCAACCGAGUUUAGACGGUUUUUACGCGCUUCAACCUCGGCGAUCCCGUUCUGUAAGCUUGUGUGGCCUACCGCUUCGCGGCUGAGCCGUUGUUGUUCCUAGACAUUUCCACUUCACAACAACAGCACUUACAGUUUACUAGGGCAGCUCUAGCAGGGCAGAAAUUUGAUGAACUGACUUGUUGGAAAGGUGGCAUCCUAUGACGGUGCCACGUUGAAAGUGACUGAGCUCUUCAGUAAGGCCAUUCUACUGCCAAUUAUUGUCUAUGGAGAUUGCAUGGCUGUGCUCGAUUUUAUACACCUCUCAGCAACGAGUGUGACUGAAAUGGCCGAUUCCACUAAUUUGAAGGGGUGUCCACAUUUUUGUAUAUAUAGUGUAUAUAAACUCAAAGAUCAUUCGUAAAAAUCCAAAUAACUUCACAGAUCUUCAUUGUAAAGGGUUUGAAACACUGUUUCCCAUGCUUGUUCAAUGAACCAUAAACAAUUAAUGAACAUGCAUCCGUGGAACGGUCGUUAAGACCGCUUACAGACGGUAGGCAAUUAAGGUCACAGUUAAGAAAACCUGGGACACUAAAGAGGCCUUUCUACUGACUCUGAAAAACACCAAAAGAAAGAUGCGCAGGGUCCCUGCUCAUCUGCGUGAACGCGCCUUAGGCAUGCUGCAAGGAGGCAUGAGGACUGCAGAUGUGGCCAGGGCAAUAAAUUGCAAUGUCCGUACUAUGAGAUGCCUAAGACAGUGCUACCGGGAGACAGGACAGACAGCUGAUCGUCCUCGCAGUGGCAGACCACGUGUAACAAUACCUGCCCAGGAUCGGUACAUCCGAACAUCACACCUGCAGGACAGGUACAGGAUGGCAACAACAGCCCGAGUUACACCAGGAACGCACAAUCCCUCCAUCAGUGCUCAGACUGUCCGCAAUAGGCUGAGAGAGGCUGGACUGAGGGCUUAUAGGCCUGUUGUAAGGCAGGUCCUCACCAGACAUCACCGGCAACAACAUUGCCUAUGGGCACAAACCCACCGUCGCUGGACCAGACAGGACUGGAAAAAAGUGCUCUUCACUGACGGGUCGCGGUUUUGUCUCACCAGGGGUGAUGGUUGUAUUCACGUUUAUCGUCGAAGGAAUGAAUGUUACACCAAGGCCUGUACUCUGGAGCGUGAUUGAUUUGGAGGUGGAGGGUCCGUCAUGGGUCUGGGGCGGUGUGUCACAGCAUCAUCGGACUGAGCUUGUUGUCAUUGCAGGCAAUCGCAACACUGUGCGUUACAGGGAAGACAUCCUCCUCCCUCGUGGUACCCUUCCUGCAGGUUCAUCCUGACAUGACCCUCCAGCAUGACAAUGCCACCAGCCAUACUGCUCAUUCUGUGCGUGAUUUCCUGUAAGACAGGAAUGUCAGUGUUCUGCCAUGGCCAGCGAAGAGCCCGGAUCUCAAUCCCAUUGAGCACGUCUGGGACCUGUUGGAUCGGAGGGUGAGGGCUAGGGCCAUUCCCCCCAGAAAUGUCCGGGAACCUGCAGGCGCCUUGGUGGAAGAGUGUGGUAACAUCUCACUGCAAGAACUGGCAAAUCUGGUGCAGUCCAUGAGGAGGAGAUACACUGCAGUACUUAAUGCAGCUGGUGGCUAUACCAGAUACUGACUGUUACUUUUGAUUUUGACCCCCCUUUGUUCAGGGACACAUUAUUCCAUUUCUGUUAGUCACAUGUCUGUGGAACCUGUUCAGUUUAUGUCUCAGUUGUUGAAUCUUGUUGUGUUCAUACAAAUAUUUACACAUGUUAAGUUUGCUGAAAAUAAACGCAGUUGUCAGUGAGAGGACGUUUCUUUUUUUGCUGAGUUUAGUAUUUAUUGCGGUUUUGGGGCCUCUGUUUCAUUUCAAAUUGGGAAAAUGAAACGCUAACACUUACUGUAGUAAUUUGUAUUUAUUUAAUAAAAGACAAAGUGUUGGUAUUCCUGAUUCCAUAUGAUCAUGAGUCACAUAAUCCCUGAUGAGACCACAAUCAGGAAUACAAUAAAAUUGUAUUUGUCACAUGCGCCGAAUACAACAGGUGAAUACCUUACAGUGAAAUGCUUACUUACAAGCCGUUAACCAACAUUGCAGUUUUAAGAAAGAAUUAAAACAUUUUUUUUAAAGUAACAAAUUAAUUAAAGAGCAGCAGUAAAAUAACAAUAGCGAGGCUAUAUACAGGGGGUACCGGUACCGAGUCAAUGUGCGGGGGCACCGGUUAGUCGAGGUAAUUGAGAUAAUAUGUACAUGUAGGUAGAGUUAUUAAAGUGACUAUGCAUAGAUAAUAAACAGUAGGAAUGCAAAUAAUCUGGGUAGCCAUUUGAUUAGCUGUUAAUGAGUCUUAUGGCUUGGGGGUUGAAGCUGUUAAGAAGCCUUUUGGACCUAGACUUGGUGCUCCGGUACCAUAGAGAACAGUCUAUGACUAAGGUGGCUGGAGUCUUUGACAAUUUUUAGGGUCUUCCUCUGACAUUUCCUGGUAUAGAGGUCCUGGAUUGCAGGAAGCUUGGCCCCAGUGCUGUACCUGGCUGUACGCACUACCCUCUGUAGUGCAUUGUGGUCAGAGGCCGAGCAGUUGCCAUACUAUUCAUUGAUGCAACCAGUCAGGAUGCUCUCGAUGGUGCAGUUGUAGAAACUUUUGAGGAUCUGAGGACCCAUGCCAAAUCCUUUGUCUCCUUAGGGGAAUAGGUUUUGUCGUGACCUCUUGGUGUGCUUGGACCAUGUUGGUGUCCACAUCAUGUUGGUGUCCACAUCACCAACAAACUAAGGAAUUUGAAGCUCUCAACCUGUUCCACUACAGCCCUGUCAAUGAGAAUGGGGGCGUGCUCGGUCCUCUUCUUUUUCCUGUAGUCCACAAUCAUCUCCUUUGUCUUGAUCACGUUGAGGGAGAGGUUGUUGUCCUGGCACCACACGGCCAGGUCUCUGACCUCCUCCCUAUAGGCUGUCUCGUCGUUGUCGGUGAUCAGGCCUACCACUGUUGUGUCAUCUGCAAACUUAACGAUGGUGUUGGAGUCGUGCCUGGCCAUGCAGUCAUGAGUGAACAGGGAGUACAGGAGGGGACUGAGCAUGCAUCAAUGACUUCGUCCCUACAGUGACUGUACGCACAUACCCCAACCAGAAGCCAUUUAUUACAGGCAACAUCCGCACUGAGCUAAAGGGUAGGGCUGCCGCUUUCAAGGAGCGGGACUCUAACCCAGAAGCUUAUAAGAAAUCCCGCUAUGCCCUCCGACGAACCAUCAAACAGGCGACGCGUCAAUACAGGACUAAGAUUGAAUCGUACUACACCGGCUCCGACGCUCGUCAGAUGUGGCAGGACUUGCAAACUAUUACAGACUACAAAGGGAAGCACAGCCGCGAGCUGCACAGUGACACAAGCCUACCAGACAAGCUAAAUUACUUCUAUGCUCGCUUCGAGGCAAGUAACACUGAAUAAUGCAUGAGAGUAUCAGCUGUUCCGGACGAAGCCAUGAAGUGCUUUGAAAGGCUGGUCAUGGCUCACAUCAACACCAUUAUCCCGGAAACCCUAGACCCACUCCAAUUUGCGUACCGCCCCAACAGAUCCACAGAUGAUGCAAUCUCUAUUGCAAUCCACACUGCCCUUUCCCACUUGGACAAAAGGAACACCUAUGUGACAAUGCUAUUCAUUGACUACAGCUCAGCGUUCAACACCAUAGUGCCCUCAAAGCUCAUCACUAAGCUAAGGACCCUGGGACUAAACACCUCCCUCUGCAACUGGAUCCUGGACUUCCUGACGGGCCGCCUCCCAGGCGGUAAGGGUAGGUAACAACACAUCCGCCACGCUGAUCCUCAAUACGGGGACCCCUCAGGGGUGCGUGCUCAGUCCCCUCCUGUACUCCCUGUUCACCCUUUUAUUUCAGCUCAUGGAACAUGGGACCAAUACUUUACAUGUUGGAUUCACCUGGUGAGUCAAUGUUCUGAAAAGAGCAGGCAUUCUUAAUGUUUUGUAAACUUAGUGUAUAUACCAUAAAACUUCAAUUAAACGCCGAGUCUCAAAUAGCCGCCUGUCCCUUUUAAUAGCCGGGCAAUGGCACAUAUUUCAGAAAACAAACACCUGUUUCAAAUAAGUGCUGUGUCUAAAUGAAUUGUUUACGAGGUUACCAUGAAUUGUUGACAAGGUUUGUUUGAUUUGUUACAUUAAACAAUUCAGUAAUGACUCGAAAAAAAUAAUCGCAAUCAUCCAUUUUUAUCCCCAUUUAAGAAACUGCUAGCCAUUAGCUGUUGACAGCUGAGAAUUGCUAGCUAACUGACAAGCACAAAAACAGUUAACAACUUCGGGAGUACAGACCCCCAUAUUUGUUUUCGCCCUCUAGUGGUGAAAUAAUAAAUACAAAUGCACUGUCAGGAGAAUAAUUAUUGUGAAAGAUUUAUACGUUUUUAAAUACCGGCAUACUAAGACAACAGAAAUGUGACACAGUAUGUAAAUGAUAACACAUUAGUGCAGGAAAUACUUUUUUUUACAUUCAAAUGCUGGAAGCGAAUGUGGAAUUAUCAGUGGAAUUAUCAGUAGAAAUUGUAAGAUAAAUUGGCACUCCAAAUGGAAAAGGUUGCCGACCGCUGGUGUAGCCUAUUACCGGCAACUUCAGGAGAAUAAUGGCAGAUUCUGCAAAGGCCAGCAGCAGUGGGAGGAGGGUCGGGAAAAUGUUAUUUUUUCUUCUGGUUAGGCUAUCUUGAUCUCUCGCUCCCACUUGAGUCAUUUGUGUGUCUUAUUUAAUCCAACAGUGUGCUUAAAACAUCAAACAAGUUCAGUACAUACAGUGCAUUCGGAAAGUAUUCAGACCUUCACUUUUUCCACAUUUUGUUAUGUUACAGCCUUUUUCUGAAAUGGAUUAAAUUGUUUUUUCCCCUCAUCAAUCUACACACAAUACCCCAUAAUGACAAAGCGAAAACAGGUUUUUAAUGAACAAAUUGUAAUUAUUAUUAUUAAAUAAAUACCUUAUUUACAUAGGUUUUCAGACCCUUUGCUAUGAGACUCGAAAUUGAGCUCAGGUGCAUCCGGUUUCAAUUGAUCAUCCUUGAGAUGUUCUACAACUUGGAGUCCACCUGUGAUAAAUUCAAUUGAUUUGACAUGAUUUGGAAAGGUACACACCUGUCCCACAGUUGACAGUGCAUGUCAGAGCAAAAACCAAGCCAUGAUAUCGAAGGAAUUGUCCGUAGAGCUCCGAGACAGUAUUGUGCGAGGCACAGCUCUGGGGAAGGGUAUCAAAACGUUUCUGCAGCAUUAAAGGUCCCCAAGAACACUGGCCUCCAUCAUUCUUAAAUGGAAGAAGUUUGGAACUUCCAAGACUCUCCCUAGAGCUGGCCGCCCAGCCGACCUGAUAAGUCGGGGGCAGAAGGGCCUUGGUCAGGGAGGUGACCAAGAACCCCAAUGUGGUCACUCUGACAGAGCUCCAGAGUUCCUCUGUGGAGAUGGUAUAAACUUCCAGAAGGAAAAUCAUCUCUGCAGCACUCCACCAAUCAGGCCUUUAUGGAAGAGUGGCCAGAUGAUGGAAGCCACUCCUCAGUAAAAGGCACAUGACAGCCCGCUUGGAGUUUGCCAAAAGGCACCUAAAGGACUCUCAGACCAUUAGAAACAAGAUUCUCUGGUCUGAUGAAACCAAUAUUGAAUUAUUUGGCCUGAAUGCCAAGCGUCACAUCUGGAGGACCACAGUUGUGCUAUAUAUUCAUUGGCCGUGUUACUACCACACCAGCAGUCACGAGUGAUGAAGGCAGUCAAAUUCCAUGUGACUGUUUAGUCACUCUAAUUAGGUUUCUCCAAGCUCUGAUGCUGCUGAUGGUCAUUAGUAGCCUACCAAACUUGCUGCCUGGUACUCAGAACUCUAUUGUCCCUGUAAUCACUCUGACAUAAAUGCAAAUGUCUUCGAAAAUCUUAAGCGGACCCAUUUUGGACGCAGGCAAUAAGGCAGUGAUCGCUGAGAUCCUGGUUGAAGACAGCGGAGGUGUAUUUAGAGGGUAAAUUUGUCAGGAUGAUAUCUAUGAGGGUGCCCAUGUUUACAGAUUUAGGGUUGUACCUGGUAGGUUUGUUGAUAAUUUGUGUGAGAUUGAGGGCAUCAAGUUUAGAUUGUAGGUUGGCCAGGGUGUUAAGCAUAUCCCAGUUUAGGUCACCAAGCAGAACGAACUCUGAGGAUAGAUGGGGGGCAAGCAAUUCACAUAUGGUGGCCAGGGUACAACUGGGGGCUGAGGGGGGUCUGUAGCAAGCGGCAACAGUGAGAGACUUUAUUUCUGAAAAGGUGGAUUUUUAGAAGUAGAAGCUCAAACUGUUUGGGCACAGACCUGGAUAGUACGAUAGAGCUCUGCAGGCUAUCUCUACAGUAGAUUGCAACCCCACACCCUUUGGCAGUUCUAUCGAGACGGAAAAUUUUGUAGUUGGGAUGGACAUUUCUGAAUUUUUGGUGGCCUUCCUAAGCCAGGAUUCAGACACUGCUAGAACAUCAGGGUUGGCGGAGUGUGCUAACGCAGUGAAUAACUCAAACUUAUGGAGGAGGCUUCUGAUGUUAACGUGCAAGAAACCAAGGUUUUUACGGUUACAGAAGUCAACAAAUGAUAACGCCUGGGGAGUAGGAGUGAUACUGGGGGCUACAGGGCCUGGGUUAACCUCUACUUCACCAGGGGAACAGAGGAGUAGUAGAAUAAGGAUACGGCUAAAGGCUUUAAGAACUGGUUUUCUAGUGCGUUGGGUACAGAGGAAAAAAAGGGGCAGAUUUCCGGGUGUUGUAGAAUAGAUUCAGGGCAUUAUGUACAGACAAGGAUAUGGAAGGAUAUGAGUACAGUGGAGGUAAACCUAAGCGUUGGGUAAAGAUGAAAGAGAGAGCAUCACUGGAGGCACCGAUUGAGUCGGUCUCCGCAUGUAUGGGGGGUGGGACAAAGGAGCUAUCUAAGGCAGGUUGAGCUGGACUGGGGGCUCUACAGUGAAAUAGUACAAUAUGAAAUAAACGAAACAGCAAUGAGCAAACCAUAUUGACAUGGGAGAGAGGCAUAAAGCAAUCACAGGUGUUAUUCGAGAGAUAAGACAACAGCUGGUAUUGGCGACACAGUUUGGGCUGAGGCUAAACAUAAACAGGAUGCGGUACCGUAUAAAAAAACAAAAUAGACAAAAAACAAAAAAAACUGGCUAUUUACUCAAGGACACUACAGAAAACACAACCGCACUGCUACGCCAUCUUGGAUGGCCCUGCCGCUAAUGUAAAUAAAGUAGGCUAACUGUCCAUAUAUAUUUUUUUAUCAUUGUUUAUUGUUAUCGAGCAAAAUAGUUAUAUUUAUCACUAUUACUUUUUGUCCAUAUCGCCCAGCUCUACUCUCAUCUCUCUCACCAGGGGCAGAUAGGGAGCUGCAGACAGUGCGACAGCUGAUGGUCAACUUCCUCCAGAACCACACAAGACAGGACUGGCCUGUCAGCUGCCCUCCACUUGAGCCUUCCAGGUUUGACCAGUGGCACACCUUGGGCUUCAAUACAGUCUUGAGACCAGAACAAAUAGCCUAUGCCAUGGUUUGCUAAAUAACCUCUGUCCUUUUACUCUACCAUACAUCUGCUAAUAUGGGCUAUUGUCAGGUUGUUUUUGAAUCGCUCAAUGAAAAGGGAGUGGCACACAAUACAGGUGAUUAUCAUAUUAAAUCGAUUGUGUCCCAUUUCCUCUUUUCAGCUCUGCAGAUAUAUUGCCUUUGAUGGGUCAGAAAUCCAACCAAUACACAGCUGUCAUUGUUGAGAAUGAGGACUCCUAUGUUGGCAGAGAGGUAUGAUGAAUUCAAAUAAAACUGAACUGUACCUUUUCAUUGUAUUCAUAUACUAUCAGACUUCAAAACAACUAAGUAAUUUUUUUACUUAAAUGCUGCUUUAUAGGGUUAAUGUGUGGGAGUUGAAAUAUAUACACUACCUGUCAAAAGUUUGGACACACCUACUCAUUCAAGGGUUUUUCUUAAUUUUUAUUAUUUUCUACAUUGUAGAAUAAUAGUGAAGACAUUAAAACUAUGAAAUAAAACAUAUCGAAUCAUGUAGUAACCAAAAGAGUGUUAAACAAAUCCAAAUAUAUUUUAUAUUUGAGAUUCUUAAAAUAGCCACCCUUUGCCUUGAUGACAGCCUUGCACACUCUUGGCAUUCUCUCAACCAGCUUCAUGAGGUAGUCACCUGGAAUGUACUUCUUAAAAGUUAAUUUGGGGAUUUUCUUUCUUAAUGCGUUUGAGCCAAUCAGUUGUGUUGUGAUAAGGUUGGGGGGGGUAUACAGAAGAUAGCCCUGUUUGGUAAAAGACCAAGUCCAUAUUAUGGCAAGAACAGCUCAAAUAAGCAAAGAGAAACGACAGUCCAUCAUUACUUUAAGACAUGAAGGUCAGUCAAUCCGGAAAAUUUCAAGAACUUUGAACAUUUCUUCAAGUGCAGUCGCAAAAACCAUCAAGCGCUCUGAUGAAACUGGCUCUCAUGAGGACCGCCAUAGGAAUGGAAGACCCAGAGUUACCUCUGCUGCAGAUGAUAAGUUAAUUAGAGUUACCAGCCUCAAAAAUUGCAGCCCAAAUAAAUGCUUCACAGAGUUCAAGUAACAGACACAUCUCAACAUCAAAGUUUCAGAGUAGACUGUGUCAAUCAGGCCUUCAUGGUCAAAUUGCUGCAAAGAAACCACUACUAAAGGACACCAAUAAGAAGACGACUUGCUUGGGCCAAGAAACACGAUCAAUGGACAUUAGACCGGUGGAAAUUUAUCUGGAGUUCAAAUUGGAGAUUAUUGGUUCCAACCACCGUGUCUUUGUGAGACGCGGUGUGGCUGAAUGGAUGAUCUCUGCAUAUGUAUUUCCCACCGUGAAGCAUGGAGGAGGUGUUAUGGUGUGGGGGUGCUUUGCUAGUGAUAUUGUCUGUGAGUUAUUUAGAAUUCAAGGCACACUUAACCAGCAUGGUUUGGGCUUAGUGGGACUAUCAUUUGGUUUUCAACAGGACAAUGACCCAUCACACCUCCAGGAUGUGUAAGGGCUAUUUGACCAAGUAGGGGAAUGAUGGAGUGCUGCAUCAGAUGACCUGGCCUCCACAAUCCUCCGACCUCAACCAAAUUGAGACGGUUUGGGAUGAGUCGGACCGCAGACUGAAGGAAAAGCAGCCAACAAGUGCUCAGCAUAUGUGGGAACUCCUUCAAGACUGUUGGAAAAGCAUUCCAGGUGAAGCUGGUUGAGAGAAUGCCAAGAGUGUGCAAAGCUUUCAAGGCAAAGGGUGGCUACUUUGAAGAAUCUCAAAUAUAAAAUAUAUUUUGAUUUGUUUAACACUUUUUUGGUUACUACAUGAUUUUGUUAUUUCAUAGUUGUGAUGUCUUCACUAUUAUUCUACAAUGUAGAAAAUAGUAAAAAAAAAAAAAAAAAAUACUUGAAUGAGUAGGUGUUCUAAAACCUUUGACCGGGAGUGUAUAAAGUAAUGUCAACUGUUCUAUAGGUUAUCUUGGACCUGAUGAUGUAUCAAGGGCUGACAGUGAAGAGGGUAUUGAGUUCAGACAAGAGCCUCACAGAGAAGCUUGGCAUCAACUCUUUCCCCUCAGCAUACCUUCUCCACCCUAAUGGAACACAUGCCAUUCUGGAUGUGUGAGUUGGCAACCUCUAUUAUAUUUACUUCUCCAGGAUGUUGUGUGUGUGGACUAGAAGAGAGUUCUGGUUCAAAAGGUUGGAGUCUUAACAAAUGUGUUUUUGUAUUUGGCGUAGCAUCCCAUUUUAAUGGGUUCUAUGCGCACAGAAUAUAGCAUUGUUUUUUUUUGUUUUUUUACAUGUAAUCAUUAUUUUCUCAAAAUAUUUAAUCCCAACUGUCAGUGAAAUGUUUGGCUUCUUUAUAUAGUCUGUUGUAUAAAUCCAGGCAUUUAAAAUGUUGCUCUGAUGUUUCUGUAUCACCAGGCGGAAAAGACUGCGCUUCUUCUUUUCCUCGUUCCUCAAGCUUCUCCUAGGGGUCCACAGAAAGCUAAGCACUACUGGAGCACCCCAGGAGCCCCUACUGGAUGGGCCACGAGGUCCCGGGACGGCUGAGGCCUGGAAGGACUUUGAGAAGUGAGUCUGAUGCUAACACAGUAUCUUAUAUAUGCAUAACCUUUCGGUUACUGGUCCAAUGCUCUUAACCGCUAGGCUACCUACCGCCCUGAUUUUCUCCAGGUCUAAGGUGUACAUGGCAGACCUUGAGUCAGGGUUGCACUACCUGCUGAGGGUAGAGCUGGCUACCCACCAAACCCUGGAGGGAGAAGAGCUCAAGACCUUCAAAGACUUUGUGACAGUGGUCGCUAAGGUAGAAGUGCCCUAAGGCUGAAGUGGGUCCGCACAAACAAGUAAACAAUAUUUGCCCUCUUGUUUCUAUUAGAGAAGUAACAUUUAGUCUGUCUUUUCUUUGAUUCUUGAAUCCCAGCUCUUUCCCGGUCGCCAGUCUGUGGUAAAACUCUUAGAGACUCUUCUGGAGUGGCUGGUCAGUCUUCCCCUGGAGAAAAUCCCAUUUGAUGCCAUCCUUGACUUGGUCAACAACAAGAUGCGAGUAAGGGAGGCAUUUUGUGUGAUAUUUCAUUAUCAAGUGCUCAAAUAACUCAAAUAAAAUAACUGUUUAGCAUAGUUUAAAGGGUCAUACAGAAAGCGUGGGGAAGGGUGGCCCUUUUUGCAGAAGGGGUGUACUUUCCCAAGUUUUUGAAUACAUUUCUAAUGGAAACAAUCCAUUUCCACUAGCGCUGGUACUUUCACCAAAAAUGCUAGCCAGAUUAUUCUUAACAUUGCUAAGUAACCAGUAAUCAAAUUUAGAAACAGUUUGGAGGAAACAACCACAGACUAGGGAAGUCAAAUUAGUUAAACUAUCCUUUUAAACAACAGAUGUAACGAACGGUUCACAACAUUUUCGGUUUGUCCCUUGAUUUUUGGUUCUCAUUCGGUUUUAGUUUAGGAGGGAAAAAACUACGACAAAAAUGAGUCUAAUAAAAGUAGUUAACGUUUUUCUCCAUCGUUUGUAAACAAAGUAUUUCUGUAUUGCAGUGGUAGACAUGAAGACAAAUUUGCCCUGGUACUUCGGGCCACCAAGCCAUUCAAAUCAGUGGCCAAGAUUUAAAUUCUUACUGGACAAAAUAAAGGCAUUUUUAAACGCUCAUAUGACCAGCAGCCUUUCCCCCAAAAUAUAGCGGUGGGGGGAGGGAGACCAGUGGUUAGACACAAGCUCAAGGGUGCACACUACACACAAGCUAGGGAAAAAAUCGAUAGUUACAUAUCGUAAUAUUAUUUUGGACGAUAUUCUGUCAAUACUUUGACUCCAGGUAUCGAAUUUGUAAAAAAAAAUAUUAUUUUUUUGCUAGGUAGCAUUAGCUAGUGCUCAUCGGCUGUACCUGCGCCAAAACUCCGGUAUUUUUCAUCCUAUAGCUUGUUCUCAAUGUUCUUUUUAAAUAGUGUGCCAAAAUGUUUUCAGCACUUUUAUUUAUGACUAAUAAAAAAUAAAAAUAAAUGCUCUCAUCUACACCUUUCCAAUGCUUUUAUAUAUUUUGAGGGGAGUGAAGGUUAAGUGGCCAGGGCUUAUUUUUAUAAUGAAUGACAGCACGAUGCCUCUCGCUUCCAACAAGUUAAGGAUAGUAUAUCGAUUGCUUUGCUACCUAAAAUCUAAAUAAAAUGAACUGGUGAAAUUACUGCAAUACUCUUCAUAUAUUUUGAUCACUUUUCAUGUCAUUUUGGCCAGUUAAUAACCACUGAUCAUGCAACAUCGGUAGAAAGUGUGAACCUCUUUUAUGAAUCGAUUAAUGUUAGCUCCUGCAUAUGGCUACUUGUUGACAAUAUGAAAAUCUGCCCCACUUGUAUUUAUAACUACAAUGUUAAUUGUAAAUUACAACUUUAUACUACUACACUACUAACUAGCUAGCUAAUUAUUUUGUGUAUAAACCAGCCUGAUUUCAUUGAUCUGUAGCAUGUUAUCUUGAAUGGGCCAAGUCAGCUGCAACACUCACCAGGGGAAGUUUGAGCUAGCAUUUUCACAUUGGACAUGCUAGCUAACAUGUAAAAAAUUAAAAAUAAAGUGGAAAUUAACUAUUUACUUUCUAGAAUCAUACAAUAUUUUUACAUUACAAUAAAGUACAGGGGGUUAAAGUAUCCAAAACUCAAUUUCCUCAAAAACACAUUUUCAUAGAAUUUUGGGUUUUGCCAACAAUGAGUGGCCGCGACAUCCGACGGGUUCUUGUAGGCCGCCACACAAUUAGUAGGGGGUGCAACAGUUCACUAAAUCAAUGAUUCUAUAUGUAACUCUGUUUUUGGGUCACUGUUCUGUGGAGGGUUUCGGUCCAGAAGGAGGGAUAAAAAAAUAAUAAUGACAACGUGCAUUUAACUGCAGUACACCACAAUCAAAUGAAAUCCGCAGCACAUAGGCCUUCUCAGCUUCAGCUUGUAUUCAGUGACUUUCUGUUUAUAAGUUAUUUUUCAAAAAGACAAGACUGUCCACAUUCUCUUCUAAGAGGGCAGAUCUGUUGACUGCAGUGUUUACCAUAGGAUUGUUUACAGCAGUGGUGCUUCGUUUACGGCGUGGACCAAAUGCACAACUGCAGAGCAUUUAUCACAUUUUAGACAGUAAACUUAAUAGUUAGAAGAUAUCUAGCUGGCAAACAUUUAGUUGUGAAUUCCAAACUGUAAUUAGAUCACCUGGCGCAUGCUGCACAACAGUGAGUGACUCACAAGGCUCCUGUCUCUCGUUGUUGUCUGCUUGUAAACAAACACCACGUAACUGGGGACUACCGUAAGCUUCAUAAUAAUGUGACAGGUGAAAUGAAGAAAACAAUGUUCUUUAUCUCCUAACGAAUUUCACAAGUUGACUGCAGGUAUUUACUUAAAAAGUAGCUACAAAUAUUCAAAUGUAUACAAAAAUGUCAAAUAAAUAGUUUCAACGGUAUUGAAAAACCAUCCUGUGGAUUUUUCCAAAUACCCCGGUAUACGGUAUAUACAGUGCAUUCGGAAAGUAUUCAGACCACUUGACUUUUUCCACAUUUUGUUACGUUACAGCCUUAUUCUAAUCUACGCACAAUACCCCAUAAUGACUAAGCAAAAACAGGUUUUUAGAAAUGUUUGCAAAUGUAUAAAAAAUAUAAAACUGAUAUUACAUUUACAUAAGUAUUCAAACCCUUUACUCAGUACUUUGUUGAGGCACCUUUGACAGCGCUUAGAGUUUUCUUGGAUAUGACGCUACAAGCUUGGCACACCUGUAUUUAGGGUGUUUCUCCCAUUCUUCUCUGCAGAUCCUCUCAAGCUCUGUCAGGUUGAACAUUUGAACAUCUUGAAGAACAAUCUUGCCUUAAAUGGCCAUGUACUCUUUUAAUCUCCACCUGGCACAGCCAGAAGAGGACUGGCAACCCCUCAGAGCCUGGUUCCUCUUUAGGUUUCUUUCUAGGUUCCUGCCUUUCUAGGGAGUUUUUCCUAGCCACUGUGCUUCAACAUCUGCAUUGCUUGCUGUUUGUGGUUUUAGGCUGGGUUUCUGUAUAGCAAUUUGUGACAUCUGCUGAUGUAAAAAAAAAAAGGCUUUAUAAAUAUAUUUGAUUGAUUGAUUGGAUGGGGAGCGUCACUGCACAGAUAUUUUCAGGUCUCUCCAGAGAUGUUCGAUCGGGUUCAAGUCCGGGCUCUGGCUGGGCCACUCAAGGACAUUCAGAGACUUGUCCCGGAGCCACUCCUGCGUUGUCUUGGCUAUGUGCUUAGGGUCAUUGUCAUGUUGGAAGGUGAACCGUCGCCCCAGUCUGAGGUCCUGAGCGCUUUGGAGAAGGUUUUCAUCAAGGAUCUCUCUGUACUUUGCGCCAUUCAUCUUUCCCUCGAUCCUGACUAGUCUCCCAGUCCCUGCCGCUGAAAAACAUCCCCACAGCAUGAUGCUGCCACCACCAUGCUUCACCGUAGGGAUGGUGACAGGUUUCCUCCAGAUGUGACGCUUGGCAUUCAGGCCAAAGAGUUCAAUCUUGAUUUCAUCAGACCAGAGAAUCUUGUUUCUCAUGGUCUGAGAGUCCAUUAGGUGCCUUUUGGCAAACUCCAAGCGGGCUUUCGUGCCUUUUACUGAAGAGUGGCUUCCGUCUGGCCACUACCAUAAAGGCCUGAUUGGUGGAGUGCUGCAGAGAUGGUUGUCCUUCUGGAAGGUUCUCCCAUAUCCACAGAGGAACUCUUGAGCUCAGUCAGAGUGACCAUCGGGUUCUUGGCCAUCUCCCUGACCAAGGCACUUCUCCCCAGAUUGCUCAGUUUAGCCGGGCGGCCAGCACUAGGAAUAUUGUUGGUGGUUCCAAACUUCUUCCAUUUAAGAAUGAUGGAGGCCACUGUGUUCUUGGGGACCUUCAUUGAUGCAGACAUUUUUGUCCUUGAGUGGGCUAGCCAGAGCCCUGACUUGAACCUGAUCGAACAUCUCUGGAGAGACCUGAAAAUAGCUUUGCAGCGACCCUCUCCAUCCAACCUGACAGAGUUUGAGAGGAUCUGCAGAGAAGAAUGGGUGAAACUCCCCAAUACAGGUGUGCCAAGCUUGUGGCGACAAACCCAAGACGACUCAAGGCUGUAAUCGCUGCCAAAGGUUCUUCAACAAAGUACAAAGUAAAGGGUCUGAAUACUUAUGUAAAUGUGAUAUUUCAGCUAAAAAGUCUAAAAACCUGUCUUAGUAUGUCGUUAUGGGGUAUUGUGUAUAGAUUGAGGGGGGGGGGAAAAACAAUUGAAUCCAUUUUAGAAUAAGGCUGUAGCGUAACAAAAUGUGGAAAAAGUCAAGGGGUCUGAAUACUUUCCGAAUGCACUGUAUAUUGCAAUAUGACUUUUUGUCCAUAUCGCCCAACUAGGUCAAUGUUAACUUUUUUUCUCACUGGCCCAAAAUCUACUGGCCUAAUUUCAAUAUCUACUGGAAUAGUUUAAGUACAUUGGCGUCAAGUGCGUCUCAUAAAUUGACUUGCUCUCUCUUUAUAUUCAGCUGUGUUUUUCCCCACGAUUGCGUUUAGAAAUGUUGUGCAAUAACUGGGCUUAUCAGAAUGCAUGUUUCUCUCCCUGUGGGACUCGCAACUUGAAAGCGCCUCCGGAGGAAUACCAAUAAAAUAGUUUAGCCACUCUGGGCUUUUCUGAUUUUGCUGUUCUGUACCAUCACUCAUCUUGUUGGCUGAGAAAAACGUAAUGUGGACAGCUGUAGUACAUGCGCCUUGGCAGAAAUAUUUGUUAUGUUCCUAAUAGGCACAUUGUGUUCAAGAAUGUAGUGUGGUUCACCUCAUGCGUACCACAUCCCGUGAACCGAGGGCCCAUACUAGACGGUCCUGUUCAGAUACACAUAUCGUUACAGCCUUAAUAUGACAGUAUGUGGUAGAUGUUAUAAUUUCAGCCAUCAAAAUGUAAUGGAAAAACCUUGGUCCGAACCGACAGCUUGUGACAGACCAGUUUGGUUCAGUCCAGUGAACCAUAACACCCCUGAUCUACUCUGUGGCUUAGUAGUGAGUUUUUCUGACUCUCUCCCUGACCACCUUCAGAUUUCAGGGAUGUUCCUAAGCGACCAGCUGCAGUGGGUGGGUUGCCAGGGAAGCAGAGUCGGGCUGAGGGGCUACCCCUGUUCACUGUGGACCCUGUUCCAUGUGCUGACCGUCCAGGCGGCCAGCCGGCCCGACGCAUUGGCCAACACCAGUACGUACGCACGCACAUACAUGCAGCCAUGUCAUAGCGAUACUGCACACCUUCGAAAAUAGAUGGCAACAUCACGAUUGGUAUCAUCAUGAAUAUCACAACUGUGGUUUGAUUAUGAAAUGUGUGCCUUGUCAAGAAAUUGACUGUGCUUCUCUCUCGUUCCCCUGACCAUCUCCCUUCUGUCCCACCAGGCCUGGAGGAGAAUCCCAAGGCAGUGCUGCAGACAAUGCGCAGGUACAUUGUGAACUUCUUCGGCUGCCAGGAGUGUGGCAAGCACUUUGAGGAAAUGGCUGUGGAGUCUCUGCCCCAGGUGAAGUCUGUGGACCAGGCGGUACUGUGGCUCUGGAGGAAACACAACCAGGUCAAUGGACGCCUCGCAGGUGGGGAACCGACCUCUAAAUCGGCAUAGUUUGCGAUCUCAAACCUAACCUAGAGAAUAUACUGUCAUUUGAAGUAAAUAUUCCGUAUAGUAGAUAUAUACUGUGGUAUAAGUUUGUAAGCAACGUGUGUUAGAGUUGAGUAGGCAGGUCAAAACGACUGGUCUUGACUUAGGAAUAACACAGGGUCAAGUUAUUGUUGGCCCAUUUCUCCUAUGUUAUUCACCCUCUGUCCUCUCUGUAGGGACAAUGAGUGAAGACCCUCACUUCCCCAAGACCCAGUGGCCCAGCCCGGACCUCUGCCCCACCUGCCACGAGGAGCAGGAUGGCAUCCACGUGUGGAACGAAGACAAGGUGCUUAUGUUCCUCAAGCAGCACUACGGGGCCGCCAACAUCUCCCCCAAACACAUGUACAGCAGUCAGCCUGAGCCAAACCAGGAGGCCCUCGGAGCUCCUGACAACAAGCCCAUUAAAGCCACACAGGAAAAGACAGUGGCCCCUGAGAGCUCCCUACUCCAUGCCAACCAUGUCAAGCAGAGUGACGUGGAGGGAGCAGGGCAGGCGGGCACAGGGGCCCACAAGGAGACCAGGCCGGGGGUGAGCUUCCUGGGUCUAGGCUUCUCCAGUGUGGACAUGAGUCUGUGCGUGGUGCUCUACGCUUUCUCCUGUGUCUUUCUCAUGGUCAUGUUCUUCUUUUUCCGUGUCCGCUCCAAAAGGUGGAAGAUCCGCUACAAUCGUCCACAUGUGUAGCAGUCCACUGGUCCAGGUCUGCACAUUUGCAGAGGUCAUAGAGAACUGACUGAGCAAAGAGUUUUGGGGGGGAAUUGAGUUUUCCUUUUUAAAUGUAGAUUAGAAGGUCACAUUUUUGUAUUUAUUUGUUUAUGUUUUGUAUAAUAUUUGCUGUGAAGAAACAGUCUCCAGAUGAAGUAUUUUACAAUAGAGACAGGUUGAAACAGUUUUAGUCCCAUAUCAGAACCCCAUAACAUUGUCAUGGGGAAGGGACUUGACUGUACACUUUUCAUGCCCAAUACAAUGUUUCUAAGCUAUGAUGGUAAGGAAAAAUAUUUUAGGAUAAAACCAUGAAAGUCCAAUUAAUCAAAUGUUUUUUUUUUUUAAUUAUUUUUGUAUCUUUCUAUGGAAUUCAACGGUAUUGGUCAUGUUUUGAUGGACUAAGGUGAACCUCUGGAAUAUUUGUAUUGACCACUACUAAAAUCUUAGUGUGAAUUUAUGAUUUCAGCCUGAAUUUAUUAUUUUCCAGACGUAUCAAGUCGAUCACUUAUUACAACCUAUUAAUGUCAGUCCAUAACCAUGACAAAGAGAGGAGCAAGUACAGCCUUAUUUUACCCAAGUGCUUGUUGUCUAAAUACUUGGUGUACAUUUGAAGUCCUCUGUAUUCACUGAACUGUGUCCCAGACCCUAGGUGGCCUUAAUGUGAUUUCAUCAUUCAUUCUAGUCAAGAUAGUAUGUGGUAUAAUACACUAUAUAUACAAAAGUA